AUGGCCUCUAAAGUUGUUCUUAUCACUGGUGCCAAUACCGGCAUCGGAUUCCAGAUUGUGCGCGCCCUCUGCAGUUCCAGUCACGCGUACGACAUCGUUGUUGGCGGACGCUCUGAAGACAAGGUGCAGGCCGCCAUUGAAGCCGCUCGGACCGAGUACCCCGAAACGAAGAGCAAGCUUUCCCCCGUACAGAUUGACAUCGAAUCCGAUGAGUCUAUCAAUAGAGCGUUCAAUACGGUCGAGUCUCAGUUUGGCAAGAUCGAUGUUCUGGUGAAUAAUGCCGGCGCACAAUUCGAUCAACUCGCUAAGGAGGGCAAAUUAUCAGAACGUGAAGCCUGGAACCAGUCCUGGAAUGUAAACACGUCCGGUACUCAGGUCAUGACAACGACUUUCAUACCUCUUCUGCUCCAGUCCUCUGACCCACGACUGCUCUUCAUCACAUCUGGCACGUCGACGCUAGCUGGCAGUGAAAACCAGGCACUGGCGGUCAACAAGUACCCACCAAAGGGCUGGCCCAAGUCAGGGUUCGGCGUCCCUGCGUACCGAAGCGCUAAGACCGGCAUGAAUAUGCUAAUGCGAGAGUGGCACAAGCUGCUUCAUGAGGACGACGUCAAAGUUUUCGCAAUCUCUCCGGGAUUUCUAGCGACUGGCCUGGGCGGCAACACUGAGAUGCUAAAGAAGAUGGGUGGUGGAGAUCCUGAAAUUGCAGGCCCUUUCAUCAAAAGUGUCAUCGAAGGUGAGAGGGAUGCUGAUGCUGGAAAAGUCAUCACUAAGGAUGGUAUCCAGCCCUGGUAGAUAUAACAAUUUAUACAUCUGAUAGCUAUG